AUGAGCUGCGACACCGAGUUGCCCUGUGAGACCACCGGCGUGAUAAUAUGCGGUGGUGGCCCGACAGGUGCCCUACUCUCUGCAUUGCUACAUCAGUUCAGCGUCCCAAAUGUCAUUCUUGAACGCGAGGCCGACAUCACCACUGACCCUCGUGGCAUUGCGCUGGACGAGGAUGGGAUCCGGUUGAUCCAGGCGAUCGGCAUGUACGAUCGCGUCUUCACUCAGAUUGGAGCGUGCUAUAAUUUCCACUUCGUUAGUGGAACAGGGCACGAUUUGUCGAGAACACCAAUGCUCACGACGGAUCUCCUCACUAGCGAGGGCGGCACUGGCCAUGUCGGUUUUGUUUUCCACAAACAACCAGAGCUGGAAAGGGCGAUCCGGGACGUGAUUGCCCAAUCUCCCUUUUCAGAGUUGAGGUCAGAAGCGACGCUCACAUCAAUUACCGAAGACGCCAACACAGUGAGAGUUGAAUACAUUGAUCGCUCGGGUUCCACAGUCAGACUGCGGGCGCCGUUCUUGGUCGGUGCAGAUGGCAAGACUGGAACGAACUAUGACGAGACGUGGGUCGCGCUAAACUGGCAAAUAAACCUCCCUACUCCUGAUACCCAUCCCGACUUUGCUCUCUGGAAGCUGGGGUACACUCCCGAACAGGUGUACGAUCUUUUCUUCCCCAUUGAUUUCCGAUUUCUCUGCAACCCCUUGCGGCCUUCAGUAUGCGGUCGAUUCGGUCCGCCCGCAGACCGACUUUGGCGGUUCGAAUUCGUAGUUCAGGCCGGCGAAGAUCCAGUCGAAAUGGCGACAUUUGCGAAGACUAGUAAGAUCAUAUAUCCUUACAUCACACAUCCGGGCCGCCGGUAUGGACUUCCUCUUCAAGUGAGUUAUCCGGAAGACUGCAUCAUAACACUACGGUCGCGACCCUUCAGCUUCCUCGCCCGCAGCUGUAACAUGUGGGCAAUGGGCCGAGUCGUUAUAGCUGGGGAUGCGGCGCAUGUGUUCCCGCCUUUUGGCGGCCAGGGUAUCGCGUCUGGGUUUCGAGAUGCAUCUGCGCUGGCUUGGCGGCUUGCACACUUAUACCGUGAGCCUGACUCGGAUCACGAAGAGCUCCUCCGUGCCUGGUACAUGGAACGGAAGCAGCAAUUUGAGCACUCGCUCGCAUCCACCAUCAGAAACGGCGAGUUCGUCACUAAUGGCGACCCAUGGAAGGCCUUCCUUAGGGACUGGAUAUUUUGGGCUAUCAAACUGAACCCUAGCUGGCGAAGAUACUUCGAGAAAGGGUCAAGAGCCGAGGGCAUGAUUAGGUACAAGUACCAAGAUGGUAUGCCCUUCGUGCCGAACCUUGGGGGUGGGCUGAAUCUCCCUCAAGUCUAUGCUCGUAAUCUCGUUACCAACGAAAUCGUCUUCUCAGAUGAUCUUAUCUACGCGGAAUCCAAGGAAGGGCUUUUCCAAAUCCUGCUCUUAGUAGAUCAAUCGGAUAAAGCUCAAUGUGCGCUGAAGGAAAUCCACGGACUCUCCCAGUCAACAGCCGGCAGACUGCGGGAAGACGAAGCCACCGUCUUAAUCCAUGACCUAAAAGCCGAAUCCCCAGAUGCCCUAUCAUCUUCGGCAAACAUCGCCCGAAUUGCUUCAGGGGACGAAUUCGCCGCAGAUGAGCGCUUGUGCCGCAACCGACCUGCCCCAAGACACUAUGAUCCGUUUAAGAUCCAGCGUGAGGUAGGCGUCCGAGCAACCUAUGUUGUUCUAAGACCAGACAGAUUCGUAUACGCGGCUUGUGCCACAGCACAGGAGCUUUGGAAUGCUUUGGAUAGCUUGCCGGCGGCUUUGCACCUCAAAACAGACAGGCAAUGCCAUAGUGAGAGUCUAUGGCAGCCUGGAGGUCACCGUGCUUACCAGAGAGUGCGGUAG